UCGGGCGGUGUCGGACGGCGGUGAAUCGCGGAGGAACGGUCCGGGAAGGGGACAAAGCCAGACAGAGUGCGAUUGAUAUUGGCAGGCGACAGGCGGAGUCAGUGGUGACGUCCGGACUUUGACGGUGUACCGGCAACAAUAACAGGUGUGAAAACUGCCAUCAGAGUUCCCGGGACGCCGCGACUUUGACCAUUUGUCCUCUCACAAUCCUCUCCAAGUCGCCCUAUGUCCGUGAUUUGGACAGCCGCCCUCAUCCCCCUCCUACUGGGUGGCCAUGCCCACACUGCCUUACGCCCUUCCCGAUGGGACCUCCCUCCUCGCCAAACCCCACCACACGCCCCUGUGACGUCAUCGGUGUACGAUCGUGACGUCACUGGAGUCUGGCCUGGAGGCUGGUGGCAGGAGAGGUCAGCCGGCCGAGCAGUACGGCCUAACCCUCACUGGCACCCGGCAGAAGCCUGGAGAGAUCGCGGCCCAAGUGACGCAACCGCCGCUCCCAUGGGUCUACCCGAUCCAUUGGUGCUGCGGAACAGGCUGGGUCAGCUGCAGCCGCCCGCUCCUUGGCGUCAGGUCGCCGAGGUCAGAUCUCCGUACGCCCUAUCCCAGGUCGGCCACGGUGCUGCGCCCCUCGGAAGACUCACUCCUCCGGGGUACAGCGAACGGAACACCGCACCGUUCUCCGCACCUCCAGAGUUCGACCACCGAGCGGGGAUCUUAGCGGCGCAGGUCCCUCCCUACUAUCCUCCGAGGGGACAACAGUGGCAGUCGGGCGUCCCUCCGGUUCAACAACACAUCGCGCCCCGGCCGCAGACGAUGGGACCGGUUUACAGUACCGCCCCAGGUUUCACCGCUCCCCUGAGGUCACUGCCGUACCCGCUGAGCUCCGGAGCUCAACCACCACUCGCUGCGCUGCAGAAUCUGAUCAGGUCGCCCGCCGUCCCUCCGCAGCCAGCGGAGUACUCUCAGAGGAGUGAGCUCCUUUCCGCUCUCCGACGCCCUCUCUACCCAUCCCAGCCGGCGCUGGCGGUCCCUCUGAUGGCCCCGGUGCGUCCUAUCCAGGCUAGGCGUUCGAGCCUCCGUCAGGACUCUGAGGAGAUCCCGGAGAGAUUCUCCAGCCUUCCAGAACAUUUCCAAGAUCCAGAGGACGUCCCUCAGCCUCAGGCAAUGCUGGCGCUGGUGGCGCCACCUGUUCCUCUUCCUCAGCGGCCGGCUCAAGUACCACUAGUGACGUCACAGCUCCCUCAGUACGGCCCGUACGAGGUCCCUCGGCAGUAUCAGCAGCUUCCGACGGCAGGCUUCUACCCGUACGCCCUCCAAACACCCUCAGCACAGCAGCCGGCGCUCUCGACAGGAGACCCAGCUGCGCAGACAGUGCUGCCCUCUGGACGGACGCCGUCGCGCAGCUCGGAGUUCAUCAGCCCGGUUCGGUUUACGACUCAGCUGAGGCGUUCUGAGGCGCAGAGAGCUGCCCUGCUCACUGAGCUCAGAAAUGCCGACCUGUGGAGGCAGUCUGGUGACCAGACUAGGGGCUCCCAUGGUAUCAACACCCCACCAGCGGCGCCAGGACGUUCUCCGACCACAGCGAACACUUCCUCAGCUUCUGGAAGACCGCGGCAUCCCCCGGAACCGAUCAAGCGCGGCGACCUCUCAAAGGUGAGCUCCGGGUUAGUGCUGACUGCCACCGAGGGUCUCACGCUACCGCUCAGCGCUGCUGCCGCCAUCCUCGACAAGUUCGGCUCAGCCAUGGCGGUGCCCUUCCCCGGGAUGGGCGCCGCCAUCGCUCGCGCGGCAGGGGUGCUGGGAGGCGCGGCCCAGUCGGCCACGCGUCUGGCACCGACCAUGGCGCCGCUGCUGGUCGACACGCUGGAGGAAGUGUGGAAGCAGGCGGCCAGGGCGGAGUCGCAGUCGGCCACCGCUACUGGGCGAUGGGAGGACUUCAACAACGGCAUCAACGUGUUUGAGGUGACGGCGCACGGAGACGGCGUGCCGGUGAGGACGGGAGAAAACGAACAGGAUACGCAGCGUGGAGAGUCGGUACAGGACGAGACAAAGGAGCGAGUCAGUGUGAACACUAGCCGACGAGGGCCAGGGGAUGAGGUGAAAGUGGUUAACGAGAGAACAGAGAGCGUCGCCGUGGAGCAGACAACCCCUACGCCCGAGUCAAGGAGAGAGAAUGCUAAGGACGAGAAGAAACAGGAGGACGAUGCAAAGGAGCAAGAGGAUGAGGAGCUGGCUGACCCAAGUGAUGCGACGCUGUUGGUGGAGGUCGAGGACGAUGAUCCGGAUACCGCUGUGUGGCAGAACAUGGACUGGGCACAGUUUCUCCUGAACAGGAGACAGGUGCAGGCGGCACAGGGCAUAUCGGCACGCAGUCUGGAUCUAACAGAAUGACAGGUGAACGGCCAGGAAUGACCUGACACUUAAUAGUUAUCAGGGUCGGAAGACUGCCAAGAAUGCCAGCGAAACCAGUGAAUCGUUGUUGGUGCACGGACAGUGUCAAUGCAGCUAAUGAAGUAGGCACUUAGGUGCUGGAAGUCGUUUUGUUAUACAUAGCUGGUAGAUAAGACAGUGAUAUUGACUUGGUUGGUUUCGUUUCAUUUUAAUUGUACCCGACUUUUUGUACAGCCCUUAUUCGUGAAUAAUGUUACGUGAGACGCUAACACCAAAGCACUCAAUUUCGUGAGCAUCAUGUGCGAUACUGUGCUGAGACCGUCCGUGACCUCUACUGACCGAAGAGUCGAGAACUAUGUAGUCAAUGUGCACGCUAAAGUGCGCACGAGCUAUUUGAAGUUUCUGACUGGUGCCAAGUUUUAAACGUGACGGUCAUUUCUUUAACUUUUGUUCCAAUGAAAAGGACUACGUGCUUCGCACUGGCCAUUUUCUCAGAGUUUGCUUCUCUUUGGCUCGCACACAGGCCUUGAGAUAUUAGAAUCAGAACAGUCUUGUAUGCUUUGUAUUCAGUGAUUUAUUUCCAUGAAGUUACUUGUUUUUAUGGUAAACUAGCUUUAACGCCCGUUCUCGCAAACAGGCAAUAAAAAAAUGAGUUAAUUCGUCGUAUGUUGUUAUCAUUAUUGACGCAUUGUUGAUUGCUUAAUUUAUAUUGAUUACCCAAGUAGUCUUUGUUAUGUUGAUGGUGCGAAUGGACAGAAUAAAUAUCGCUAG